UUAGUUAGAAUUAGGUUAACUAGCCUUAUUUUUUGUCUUAAUAAGAAUUAUAUUAUUAAGGUUGCUAAAACCUUUAUAGUAGAUAACUUUCUAGAGUAUAACUUAGACUCUAUAGAAUAUAUAAAUAAUAUUAAUUAUAAGGCUUUAGAAGUUAAAAAAAUAAUAUAUAAGCGUCUAGAAGAUUAUUCUAGAAUUAUACGUUACUUUAAAACGUCUAGUAAUAGAAUUAAACUAGUAUUUAUAGUUAAAGAAGAUCUAGAGAAUUUUAUUAGAACUAAUACUAAGCUACUCUAG